CUUUCAUUCACCGCUUCAUCUUGCUCCAUUCUCAUUCUUCAGCUCAAAUAAAAAAAGAAGGAGAUAAAGGAGCAAAACUAUUGUAUAGCACCUUUGCUGUCGUUUCUUCUUUUAUCAGUAGCUGGAUCAUCUCUCCAAUAUGACCACACCUUCACCAACACGGCCCUCGACUCCAGGGACACCAACUACAAACACAGCACGGGACGUCUUUGAGUUUGAUGAACGACUCUUUACGGCUGCAGGGGAACUGGAUAAACAAUCAAACCCACCUUCAAAUAAUAAACAGGAGCUUUUUGUCUUUCAAUGGCUUGCAACCGUAGAACGAGAGCUCAAGAAAUGUGGCCAUGAUAUCUUCCGGAUCAUGCAACCAAACCUGGAACGUCAAUUGCUUAAACUCAUUUCGAUGCCUGCACCAAAACCACGCCACCCCAUCCGUCGAUUAAUCGCACGAUGUUUCUUAUCACUUUAUGUCCGAGGGAACUCUGCAACUCUCUUUGAGACUAUACAGAUCUUGCAAAGUUUGAUUGAAGCAGGAAAAGGCAUGGGUGAUAAAGAUGUCAAAUUAGCCGCGAUUCAUUGUAUCGGAGUGAUCAUGGAGGCGAUUGGAGAAAAGGUCCAGUCACUGGUGCCAGAGCUUACAACGUCCUUCCUUAAAGUCAUCAAGACUGAUAAGAUAUACCCGUUGAUCAUGCGAGCAGAAGCCAUGGUUGCACUAAGAAAAAUGCUGCACGGAGCAGGACGUGGAUCGACAGACCUCAACAAUAAGGAGAUUCUCAAAGUCCUGAAAGUCACCCUUCUGGACAAAGCCCUUAUCAUGCGCUCAUCAUCAGCAGAGUGUCUUACAGCUCUUGUCAAGUAUACAACCAUCACAUUCACAAGAAGCGAACUAGAAGCCUCGACCACACUCUUUAUCAAAGCUAUGGAUGAGUCAACAUACACAAUUAGGAAAUCAGUGGCUACUCUGAUUGCUACACUGCUUUAUUCAAAAUUCCAGGGCGAGGAGAAUUUGAGCAUGGCCAGCGCACAAUCCCCACCACCCAGCGUUAGUGGCAAACAACUUGCUGCCGGGACUGAGUCUUUCACGCUGGACGUGAACGAGCUCUUGACAUAUCUCUCGAGUGCUUACAAUAAGCCUAACACGAGCCGUGAGGUCCGUGCAGGGAUUUCAGAAACAUAUGCCGCGUUAUUCAUCAUGCUUGGACCAUCGGUUGUGGAGCGUCAUUAUGGUACUAUUUUAAAGCACCUGCUAGUGGAGCUAGCAGCUAAUCCCAAAAACACAGUAUCACGAUUUGAAAUCCUGACAGCACGUGAACAUGUCGAAUAUCUCCUUCGUGGAGUCAUUGGUGCACGCCUACUGAGUGAGUCGGGACAAAUUGCCAGCAUCAGAGAAUUAGUCGGGAGCUGGUUGAAGACCUGGCCAGCGGUCAUGCCAGGAGACGUUGAGCCUUCCGAAUAUGCAUUGAUCGGCGCAUUAAAUGAGACAUCGGCUUUACUACUAGAUUUAGGAGGUGCAGCUAGUUCUGUUCAGGAUAUCUUGCUGUCAUCGCUUACAAAUUUAGUUUCCCAUCCAUCUCGAGCAGUACAGAUCGCGACCGCCUGGUGCCUCCGAUGUCUUUGUAUUUCUUUGCCCACCAACCUCGCCAAACUUAUCCAAACCCUUAAUGCCAAACUCUCUACGGAUGUGAAUACACUCAACAAUAAUAGUACUAAUUUCCAGGAUGUGUCAACGAGAGCAUAUGGAUUAGCAUAUUCAAUUGGUGGGCUCAUCACUGUUAUUUCUGUCCAUCCACUUUAUGUCUCCUUCGAGAUGAGCGCGCGCAUCUUCUCAAUGGCAGCACAAUUGAUCAAAAACAGUGCAAACAAGGAGAUCCGGGUUGCUGCAGCUCAAAUUCAGAUUGCGUGGACCUUGAUUGGAUCAUUGAUGUGCCUAGGACCUAAUUUUGUCAAGAUGCAUUUGCCCCAACUUCUCUUGCUUUGGAAGACGGCACUACCUAAAUUAACAAGCAAGGAUACCAAUAAUACAACGAGAUCAGAAUUGGAUUGGGCUUUCAUGAUCCAUGUACGAGAAUGUGCUUUGGGAUCAGUGGCUAGUUUCUUGUUCCAUAACAGUGACAAAUUGGUGACAGUUGAUGUGUCGAAACGUAUCGCAGCUCUGUUGUCUAACACGCUAACCUUUGCGGGAGCCGUACCCACGUUCCCGUCACAAACAUCUACAGCAGCAAACAAAGGAGCUCCUCAACAACAAAACGAGCUGUUGAACGUCAAGUUCUCUGAACGAGAUGAUGCUCUGAGGAAACGGAUCUUUGAGUGUUUUGUUGCUAUGAAACAUACUUCUGCGUUUGAAAUGUAUCAGCCCAUAUUGAUCAAAGCAGCAUUGGAUGUCUUUUCAGACCCAGACAGGACUUCAGGAACUGCAGUGACAAAUGCUGUGUCUGCAGCCACAUUUACGACCGUGUGGGCAGUGGAUGAUGGAUAUGGGUACGGUGUCACUGGUAAGAUCCAAGGCCUCCGUUGCGAUGUAGCAGCAAGGACCAGUGGUCGCCAAGAGGAGAUUCUGGAUGGUAAAGAUUACGAUAGCGCGACAAGGACGACAGAGACUUUGUUGAAAAAGCCGAUCCUAGGCGCGCCAGAACAUGAUCCUUUAGUGAUCUAUACGACAUAUGCUCUCCCAAGUUCGGUAUCACGAUAUUCACUACCAAAGCCUCGACCUGUAGCUACUGGCGUUAUUGAUGCUGCAAUCGAGCUGUUUGCGAUCCUAUUGCCUCUUCAAUCAUCAGCACUGCAGGGGUCUUUGAUGGAUGAUCUGUCCAAAAUGUUGAAGAGCUCGGUCUUGGACAAGAACCCUGGCAGAAAGAUGGCUAUUCAGGUCAAUACAGUUGUAGCACUCCUAGGAGCAAGCAAGUACGCAAUGGCAGAGAGUAAAAAACAUGAGCAGCGGGCGUUUGAAGGGCCGCUUGCUUCUUCAUUGUCUCAGUCGAUAUUGAGGGAUUCCAUUGUACAUUCGGAUCCGUACAUCCGCUUUGUGGCAUGUGAAGCUCUUGGCCGAUUGACAAGUAUACUUGGAAGCAUGACGAUCACGAACCAAAUCAAGUAUCUCAUGGAUCAGGUAGUAGCAAAUCGUGACCCUGAUGCCCGAGCAGGAUAUGCUCUUGCUCUCGGAAAUGUGUUUUCGUAUUUGGGUGGGAUGAUGGCUGGAGGCCACUUGAGGUCCGUGGUCGAAUACCUGACCUCGCUGAGCCGAGACCCUCACCCGAUCGUCCAUAAAUGGUCAUUGCAUUCUUUAGCAUUGACGAUUUCAAGUGCAGGCUUGAUGUUUAGCCCAUAUGUGUCCAGUACAUUGACCAACGUUGCAACAGUGUACUUGGCAGAAUCACAUGAGCCUGCAGGUGCCGGAUCAAUUGCUACAGCCAAUAUUGCAAUGCAAUCCGAGCUUUCUGUAUACCACGAAAUGGGCAGGAUCAUCUAUGGACUCAUUGGCAUAUUAGGGCCAGAAUUGCAGUCGUCUGCUAAAGUGCGAGAGUUGUGCGUGAGCCUUGUGGAGGAACUUCGAAACGAGGACGAUGAGUUUGUGAUUGUACAGGGUAUCCGAUGCACACAGCACUUGAUCAUGUUUGCGCCUCUGCUAGUGGACAUGUCGACGUUGGUACCAUUCCUACAGGCUCGCCUACGUCGUAGCACAGGUCUGAGCCUGAAGAAGGCAGCCAUAACAUGCAUGUAUCAGCUGGUGCAGCGGGAUGUUAAAUCAGUCUUCCAACAUUCCAUGGGCGGUUUGGAUGACCAAUUUUUCAAGCUCCUAGACACGGACCCUACACUCCAAGACGUCAAAGAUGUGGUACGCAGUUGGAUCACCCAAACGGCUCUGGAGCAGCCUAGUCAAUGGAUUGAUAUCUGCCGAAAAGUAUUAUCUAGAACUGCUAUUGAUGAAGGCCAGGAGAAUAAUGUUAAUCCGGUCGUCGAUGGCAGUACUCCCAAGGUCAAUCAACCUGCUGAAACGGAAGAAGAACGUGUUGAUGACGAUGAUGAUGGCCAGAACAUGUUUGAUGUUUCCAAACCUACUCAGAAAGCAGCACAACCAUCCACUCCAGCUCAAAAGCCGGUUUCAGAGCCUGUGAUAACUAUUGUCACUGAGCUAUCUGUCAAGGCCGCCCCAGCACUUCCGCCCCGUUGGAGGACUCGUAUCUUUGCGUUAGAGUGCAUCCGUCAGGUGAUUGAUGUGGUGGCAACGAGUGGCAUUGCGGAUCAUUUCGACCUUGCAGUCGCUCGUCGGAAAAAGAAGAACUUUGGAGCAGAUUUCCUGGUCCUAAAGGUGGCAGACCUGAUCAAGAUGACUGUGUAUGCAGCCUCGACGCCUAUUCAAGAGAUUCGUAUGGAAGGAUUACUACUCCUACGCCAAACAAUCGAAAAAUUCCAAUCUACAGCAGAUCCAGAGGUCCCAGACAGUCCUCUACUGGAACAAUACCAAGCACAAAUUGGAGCUGCAUUGACACCAGCAUUUACAGCAGAGAGUACGCCAGAAGUAGUUUCCUUGGGUGUCAAAGUAUGUGCAGUGUAUGUUGGAAGUGGGAUUAUUCAAGAAGUGGAUCGAUUUGGACGAGUACUGAAGCUAUUGAUUGGAGCACUUGAAAAAUGUAAAGAGGACAAACGGUUGACGGCUGUCGGAGAUGUGACGGACCUGACGCCACACGCAUCACAGAUGAUCAAGUGGGCGGUGUUGAACGCUUGGGCGGAGCUACAGGUUGCCAGUGUCCAUCGCCAGUAUUUGGUGGCGGUAUUGAAGCCUAAUCUAGAGGAACUCUGCAAGCUUUGGGCUAAUGCGCUUGAAGAAUACGCGAGAUCUCGUGUGGAAUCCGAGAUAGCAUUGGCAGGGUCUGUCUCUGCGAGCAGUACCACAAGCUCUGCAGGUCUAUUCGAUGCCAACUAUACUGAUUCAAGCAAGGGUUCUGAGAAGAAUUUUGACCAGACUUCGACGCUCAAGAUCCUGGGCGCGGUAUCCUCACUUGUAAAUGAGAAGAACGAGCAUAUGAUUCAGGCGCUCAUGAGAAUUACAAGCCCUGAAAUUGCCACAACAACAACAACAACGACGACGACGACGACGGCAACGACCGAGAAAGAGAGUAAGGUAGAAGGUGCAUCUUCAGACGAAGGGACCCAAAAAGAUACCACUGAUGCCUUGGGUUCAUCUGAUUCUUCAGCUGAAGCUCCAAACUUAGUCGUUGCCAAGAGUGCUAAAGCCAAACCUAAGAGAGGAGCUCUUCGAUUGAUUCAUGUGAUUUUCGGCCUCUGUCUGGAAAUCCUGGCAAAGACAUCAUCGGCAGGCUCGACUAUCGGCCAGAGUUCAGCGAACCUGAAUGUUGCAGCGAAUGAUGCGGCGUUGCAGGGAUGCCUCAGUGCGCUACACUCACUGUUGAACCCGAUGUAUAUUGAGGAAUCGUUCUUGAGCCGUGUGUUUUUGGAGAUGAUGGCCAUUUUGGAGCGUGUUGCAUGGAUGGAAGGAAGCCGUGUCCAAGGGUUGGUUGUUGGUGUGAUCUCGACGGUGAUUCAGGGAUACGGCAAAGAGCUGCUGUUUGUAGAGGACGAGGAUGAGGAUGAGGAUACGGAGGAAGAAGGAAGGGAGGAUGAAGCUGGCUCCUCCAAUGGGGAAUUGACGGAUAGUGGGCUGAAAGAGUCUAGGUCUGAGGAUAUUUCGGCAUUACCGGGCAGUCGAUUGAGAUCGAUUGUUCAACUGUUGGUGGAGCUUUAUAUUCAAAAAUGUGGCAGUUCGAACAUAAAGUCGAUCAAGUCAUUCAAGUCGAUAGGGGGCCGGGCGAGCCAGAAGACCACACCAGAGACGGUGGCGUUGCUGAGCAAGGUGACGGAGAUGUUGGCGAUGCUAGUGAAGGUAGCACCAGCAAAGUAUCAAUUGCAUUUGGCAGCUGUUACACUUAAUGUCCUGAUUGGUGUGCUACGUGACCCUGCAUUCCAAACAGAGCUCGGGCCCCAUGUGCUGAUGAACAUCAAGUCGGUGAUGGAGUCCCUGAAUAAGAGCAUUAGUGAAUUGGAUGGUAAAUUUUUAGAGUUGAUACUAAAUGGAGCGAUGGGAGCGAUCUUGAAGAAGCAAGCGGCGUUUGCACCGGGAAAGCCAGGUGUAGCAAUGUCGAUGACUGAGAGCAUGGGAUUCAAUUUGGAGACCACAUCAGUGACGGAUGUUUUGGACAAGAGUCGUGAGCCAGAGAUGGACUCUGAGAUGGAUGUGUCGCCUGUGGAGAUUACAGAAUGGUGUAAUGGACUGUUGGGCAUGAUGCUGGUGCUGACCAGCUGUACGGGGGUCAGAAUCAGAAAGCCGUUCCUUGACCAGUUUGAGCGGCUGGUGACGAGUAGUAUUGAGAGUAAUAUCAGCAAGAUUGUAACAGUGGGGUACCAGUGCUUGAAGGGGGUGAUAUUGAUUGAGAGCGCCAGUAGUGGCAUGAGUGCGAGCUCAGAGUUAACAGACAAAGCUAAAAUGACAGCGGGCAAGGCACGUGCGCGACUAUUUAUGCGAGAGUUGGUUCCAUUUGUGGUAACAACGAUUGUUGUGAGAGCAGCUCAAGAAUCAGCAACGACGACGACGACGACGGCGACGACAAGUCAGACAUCGGGAGGAUCAUCUAGUCCUUCAGGAUCAAAGGAUGAUAAGAAUGGAGUGGGAAUGCAGGUGAUUGAAGAGGGUAUUCAGACAUUGAAGAGUCUUGCGGUAGCCUCUUCUGAGACAGCACGGCCAGGAAUGAUUUCGAUCAUCAUGUCAACAUUGGUGCCUUUGUUACAGGACGUGAAUGUGGAGAUGGUAGGAUCGACAGGUUCAAGAGCUCAGGGGGUACACACAUUAGGAUUGAAUCAUUUGCUUGGGCUGGGAACACAGUAUCCGACGGAAUUCCGAUAUGGAGUAUCGAGAUUGUCCGUGGAGCGGAGAACGCGACUGGAGAAUGCAAUCCGACAGAGUGUAUUGGAGCAACAACAGCAACAACAAAAGCAACGGGAGAGAGAACAACGAGAACAAGAGCGUCUUGCGCGUGAACGUGACCGGGUGAAGAUUGAAUUGAAGAGUAGUUUCUCGGGCUUUACAUAAGGAAGAAAGCAAACAAGGAAG